AGCAAAGGGAGGAGAAGGCUAUUGCUAGCUGACCACUCAUGCACUGCAGAGAAACCGCCAACUGACUCCUCAGGAGAAGAAAUGGAGGAAUCUGGACAUUCGGUUGAUUCAGAAACUCCAGUCAAUAGAAAUAAUUGUCUUUGCGCGAACUCCAGGUCAACAUAAUCGAUGCUGUAACUGCAAAGAUAAACGAAAGAGCCGAUGGUCUGGAGAAAAUGAUAUGCGAAAACACAUAAAAAAUCAUUGACCUCAACACCUCUCUGAAUCAUGCAUACUAGAGUAUCAAAGAUCUUAAACUUGUAAACACUGCAACCUCUGAUGAAUGUACUGCACAGAAGAAGACCAUCGCCGACACGCAAGAGCGCUUGUUGGAAGCAGAGCGAUACCGGAGAAGGUGGGGGCUACAGCUUUACAGUGUCCCCAAGGACCAG